AACGAAACGUCGUGCACGAACAGCAACAACAAACGGCAUUCUUUGUUUCGGUCACGGGCGUGAAUUGUAUCAUCGUUUUCCCCUGUGUGUCUAUUCUGUAGAAGGCACACGCGGAACCAUCUGCAAGGGAUGACUUCUAGUAGUGAUUUGUUUCUCCAACGCAACUAGUAGUGCUUAUCGUAGUAGCUAAAGGUUAGUCCCUGCAGGUGUGUAGCCUUCACUGUCGUAACUUCGUUUCAAGUUUCUUAGAUGGUAGUGCUCUUUGGGCACCCCCGUGCGUGAUUGUGCGUAUGUCAUGUGCGCCAAUGCGUGUGUGUAGUGUUGUUUUGUGGAUAGAGUUCCGAAUAUUGUACGCCAACUGUGUUUCUCGCCCCCGGGGUACGGUUACCCACUGUAAGUUUUCGUAUGUUAUCGUUAUGGUGAGCAGUGCUUACGUGCAGCCUAGCAUCAUAGAAGCCGUUCACAGUGUGCUGUCUAGUGGUACGAGAAAAGCUAGCCCGCGCUUACAUGGGUGUCGAGCGGAUAAGUUUGUGCCCUAGUUUGUUCCACAUUAUCUGCAACCGUGGUAGAUUUAGUGUCGUACCUUACCUUCGCCCGUCUAUCAAAAUCGAAUCAUCUCAACGCGAGCCACGGAAGAGUAGGGUAAAGGGAUCCGUGGCACGAUACCGACGCGCUCGUGUGACCGAUGGUUCGAAAUAAAUACACAUUAACCACCGCUGGCAAGUCGCCCAGUAAGAAAGCUCGCACCGGCAGCAUCAGCAAGCAACACGACGCCAGCGACGACGGCGAGACCGGCAAUCUGGACAGCGGAAGCGUUAGCGGAAGUCCCGUAGGAGGCGGAACCGAUACGAGCGCCAAACGAUGUGACGGCAGCUCGGUGCAUAAGCAAAACCUUUACAUCAUUUCGUUUCCCGUUAUCUUUGUGUUCAACGUUUUGCGUUCGCUGUUGUAUCAGUUGUUUAUUGUUUUCCGCUACGUUUACAACUUCACCACGAAAGUUGUGUACAAACCGGUGAAGAAGGAGUGCGGGCUCGAAAUCGUGAUAAAUACCGAUCACGGACACCAUCAUCACCACCAUCACCGUCACAGCAGUCACAGCAUCCACAGCACAACUUCGCAACAGCAGCAGCACCUUCAGCAGCUUCAGCAGCAGCAGCAACAGCAACAGCAACAUCAGUAUAGCCUACUGCAGCAGGACCAGCAACAGCACGGCGUAGCAGAUUCUACCCAGCAAGCAGCACACCCUUUACAGUCCUCACAGAGUGGCAUAUUGGUCCACAGUGAAGGUCGCGAAAUGUCAAUCCAGCGAUCGGCAAGCGGGAGUCAGGUUGGGCCCGGAGAUCCUUUGUUGGCCAAGCAGAAGCACCACCAUCGGCGUGCUUUCGAAUACAUCUCAAAGGCUCUUAAAAUUGAUGAGGACAACGAAGAUCAAAAGGAGCUGGCCAUCGAACUUUACCGGAAAGGCAUUCUGGAGCUAGAGCGUGGCAUCGCAGUUGAGUGCUGGGGUGGCCGUGGCGAAGUCUGGGAACGGGCACAGCGUCUGCACGAUAAAAUGCAAACCAACCUCUCGAUGGCACGCGACCGGCUGCAGUUCCUGGAACUUAUGCUGGAAGCCAAACGACUUGAGUUGAUCGAAAGCAAACAAAAUGAGCAAAAUCAUAUGCACCACCACCAUUCCCCUAUCAGGCGUCAGAACACGUUCACACUUAGUCCCGAAGAGGACGUCACCACCGCCCACAGUGGUGCACCAUCAUCAUCGUCGUCGUCCUCGUCGUCCGCGAAAAACGUUACCGGUCGUGAGCAAACGUACGAGCGAAAGUUUAAGAUGCCCAUGUUCAUUCCCUCCGGUCUGCAUGAAGCAAGCACCCGGAAAAGCUCCACCGUUCGGGACGGGCCUUAUCGGGAGGCCAAAUCAAAACUGUACAAUACCGAAAACAAGAUCGUAUCGUUUAAUGAAAAUUGUGCCACUUACGGAUCAUCCACUGCUCCAACGGUAACGUCCAAAGGGACGCCAAGGACGGCAACGACAGUGUCGGCGGUUGAACCGUCACAUGCAUUGACCACUAAACAAACCAACAACGAAGCAUCCGGGCGGAAAUUAACCGUCGGCUACAAGCGUCCCGGCAAUCUGGGGGUGAUGAAUAAAUCACAAACCCUCCCACGAAGCAUGGGCGGAACCCGGACGACACCGACCGGCAGCGGAGCGGGAGGUAUUGCCGGCGGACUGGCGAAUGGAGCAACGUACGGAAGCAACACCGGUGGUGCAGGCGUGCCAAAAAUUGUGCCAAAACCGGCAGCAACACCGCCUGCCAUCAGACGGCAAUUUUCGAUCCCUGGAAGCUCCCCAGUACGCAAGGCAAGCAAUGGCUAUGGCAGCAAGAAUACGCCACCGCCACGCUCGAAAACCCCGCUCGCUGGUCAGCAGCAUCCUCAGCAGCAACAGCAGCAACCACAAAUUUCCGUCAAGGGCGUUGAACCGAAGCUAGUACAAAUCAUAAUGGACGAGAUCGUGGAGGGUGGCGCCAAGGUACAGUGGCAGGAUAUUGCCGGCCAGGAGGUCGCAAAACAGGCACUGCAGGAGAUGGUGAUUUUGCCCUCGGUGCGGCCCGAACUCUUCACCGGGCUGCGAACGCCCGCCAAAGGGCUGCUUCUGUUUGGCCCACCAGGCAACGGUAAAACGUUACUCGCCCGGGCGGUGGCCACUGAGUGUUCGGCUACCUUCUUCAGCAUCUCCGCUGCCACGCUCACGAGCAAGUACGUCGGUGACGGGGAAAAGCUCGUCCGCGCGCUGUUUGCCGUUGCACGCGAACUGCAACCGUCGAUCAUCUUCAUCGACGAGGUCGACUCAGUACUGUCCGAGCGUAGCAGCAACGAGCACGAGGCGACCCGCCGACUGAAAACCGAAUUCUUGGUACAGUUCGAUGGUCUGCCGGCGAACACGGAGGCGGACAAAAUAGUGGUAAUGGCGGCGACCAACCGGCCCCAGGAGUUGGACGAGGCUGCGCUUCGCCGGUUUCCGAAGCGCGUGUACGUUACCCUGCCCGACCGUGAUACCCGCGAGCUGCUGCUGCGAAGAUUGCUGCAGAAGCAGGGCAGUCCGCUAAGCGAUACGGACCUGGCGCAUCUGGCACUGCUGACCGAAGGAUACUCCGGAUCGGAUUUAACGGCACUGGCGCGGGAUGCCGCGCUGGAACCGAUACGAGAGCUUAACGUGGAAGAGGUAAAAAAUAUGGAUCCGACCAAGCUGCGCAGCAUCCGGGAGAGCGAUUUUCACAACUCGCUCAAACGCAUCAGGCGCUCGGUGGCACCGCAAAGUUUAGCCGCGUACGAGAAGUGGUUACAGGACUUUGGUGACGUUACGCUGUAAGCUCCCGGCAUCGGAAAAGGGCGGAAGGAUCGUGCGAGUGGUGCAUCGCUUCCGGCCACACAUGAUAAGAGAUGAUAAGAGAAGCCAGACGCAACAACUUCCUCCUAACACGACGGCUUCUGCAUUGCUUUCUACUAUCAAACGACCCCCGAACAGUCGUUGUUCUGUUCGUUUUUGAACGCAUAAUUGAAACCAGUGGUGGUACCGAAUGAAGGGCGAGUUGAAAGCCGUUUUUGUGUUUUGUUGUAUCGUUGCGUUGCUUUGGUUGUGAAUAGUCGAAAGGUAUAUGCGAACCAGCGAGACUAUUAGCUAUUACGUGUGCGCUAUAUAUAUACUAGUUAUGUUCGCUUCGUGCUAAUUUCGUUACUCAAAGGCACCAUUGAGGUGCGGGUUGCUUCCUGACGCCUAGUUUAGUUUAUUCGAAUGUAUAUUUCUGUCUAUAAAGGUAUAGUUAAGCGUAAAUAACAAAACCCGCAAAACCGAACACUCAAAAGGCCGCGAAAAGGAGCUGAUGGCUUGCAGAGGGGCAAGCCAGAUAGGUGCGGAACCGGCUGGUAACUUCCUAUAGUAGGCCAACAAGCGAUAUUGCGAUAUUCGGAAUUGUACAGAACACUUGCUUCUUCGCCUAUUAGCACAAUAUUGGCCGCCGUUUUGAUGCUCCUCAUUGCAAAUGUACGUGUGGAAAAGGAGCUGUUUUGUUGUGCACGUGUAAAAAUGAAAAGAAAACCUCGGAAAAGCGUUUGAU